UCUCGUUUGGACGCGUACGUCGCGGCGAACGUGCCAGACGCGAGCGCGUCGCGAGGGCGGGUCGCGGCGGCGAUCAAGGCGCGAAUGGUGACGCUGAAUGGGAAGACGGCGUCGAAACCGUCGCGCGCGCUCAAGCCGGGAGACGUCAUCGAGGGCGAACUCGAGCGUGAACGCGCGAGUGAGGCGAAACCAGAGCCUUGGGUGAAAUUAGAUAUCGUACACGAGGACGAGAGCGUGCUGGUGGUGAAUAAAGCGGCGGGAAUGGUGACGCAUCCGAGCGCGGGGCACGAGAGCGGAACGCUCGUAAACGCAGUGUUGGGGCACUGCGAUUUACCCGAACUCGUCGUUCCGACCGGGAAUCAGGCGCUGAGCGAUGACGAUGAAGACGAUGAAGACGCCGUCGAUGAGGAUGAGGGGGCGAGAGAUGGGAUGAUUCGACCGGGAAUCGUGCACAGAUUGGACAAGGGCACGAGCGGCGUGAUGGUCGUGGCGAAGGACGCGUCGGCGCAUAAUUCGUUAUGCGAGCAAUUCGCGGCGAGAGUGGUGCGUCGGAAGUACGUGGCUAUUUUAAGUGGGGUACCGAGUCCGAGUAAAGGUCGAAUAGAGGCACCGAUCGGGCGAGAUCCUCGCGAUAGACUUCGCAUGGCGGUGACGCAGGGCGGCGGCCGUUUCGCGGCGAGCAACUACGAAGUGAUCGCCACUUUAGCGAACGGAAACGCGUCAUUAGUGGAAUGGCGCUUAGAAACCGGUCGAACACACCAAAUACGCGUGCACGCGAAGCACAUCGGGCAUCCAAUACUCGGUGACGAUACGUACGGCGGCGGCGGCGGCGCCGCGGUGAGCGCUCUCUCGCGUUACGGCGUCUUCGACGUCAAAGAAGCCAAGGCGUUGAUGUCCACCAUCGAUCGACCGAUGUUGCACGCUCGCACGCUUGGAUUCACUCAUCCGCAAUCGGGCGAGGCGUUGGAUUUCAGCCGCGACCCACCGGAAGAUUUC